CAGUCAGCACCGUGCUCACUCGUACCUCCACCAUGUCCUCGCUGCACACCAUCACCAGAGUGUCCAAGAGUUCGUUAAGGCGACAUGCAGUCUCCUUUUCUUCAAGCACAUCUACUUGCGGCUUACGCUGUCUUCAUCGCUGGGCGACGAGUGAGCUGCGGACCGGGGUGGUACUAGACCAGCAUGCAGCUAGACCUCUGCGUCAUUCGAACUCCAGACGUGCCUUCAGCACCACGGCUUCGACAAGAGCUGCUCUCGCGCAGCACCCUCCGACGAAGCAGUCAGUGCUUGUGGCAUACCCGUCGCCAAGUUCCGUGGAGGAGACUGACGAGGAUGCGGAUGACCCGGACGUGGACUUCGUACCGCCAGAGGAGGCGAAGCUGGAGAUUACUGACAGGGCUGCAGAGCAACUCCGAUCACUCGCAAAUCGAGAGCAUAACCCGAACGCGGCGUUGCGAAUAGCGGUAGAGAGCGGCGGCUGUCACGGGUACCAGUACAAGCUAGAGCUCGCGAAGAAGCGACAAGAAGACGACUACCACUUCUCCCACCCGACUGUGAAGCCUUCCAACAUCUACGUCGACGCCGUGUCCAUGGCGUUGUUGAAGGGCUCUGCCAUCGACUUCGCUACUGAACUCAUUGGUAGCAGCUUCCGAGUAAUAGAAAAUCCGCAGGCGAAAGGAGGCAGCUGUGGCUGUGGUGUCAGCUGGGAGCUCAAGAUUUAGUUUGCACAGAGUCACAUUGAGGCGAUGCCUGUAUGGUAUAUAAUAAAGUUGUAGUGCGUCAUCCCCUUCUCGCUACCCUUU